AUGGCAUAUUUCAAAGACCUUGGAAUUCCUGGACCCAAACCAAGCCUGAUUUGGGGAAACCUUUGGGAAUACCAUCAAAAUGGGCCCUUCCGAGCCCUGGAUAAGUGGAGCAAGGAAUAUGGUGAUAUAUUUGGCUUCUACAAUGGAGAUGUUCCAAUGCUUGUUGUGAGGGAUCUUGAGUUUCUGAAGCAAGUUUUUAUCAAAAACUUUUCGAACUUCACUGACCGUGGCAUAACAAUGAGGACAGAUGAGAUGCACCCAAUUCUUAGAACAGCCGUGGGUCUUUCAAAGAGAUCCCACUGGAAAAGCCUCCGGCCGAGCAUCAGUUCUGGGUUCACCAAGCUCAAGCUGAAGCUGAUGAUGGAUCACAUCACUCAAGUUGGCGACGUGUUUAUGGAAGUUCUCGGCACGAAAGCCGACCAGGGCAAAGAGGUCUGCAUGUUCGAGGCGACGCAGGCGCUCACCAUGGACUACAUCGGCCGGGCGGCGUUCGGAAUCGACACCAGUUUUCAGAACGACCCGAAGAAUCCAUUUCUCGUCACGGCACAGCGAGCCUUAAGGGACAGCAUGACCGGACCUUUCCACGUGCUGGCCCAUUGCACAACGUCGUUUGGCGUGCUGGCUGCCCCGAUCUAUUGGCUGAAUGGGGUAUUUGGGACGUCCUCAUUUAUUAGAACCUCUGAAAAAGUGGCGAAGGUCAUCGAGCUGCGCAAGAAAAACCCAGGGCUCCGAAAGAACGAUAUUCUCCAGAAUCUCAUCGAUGCGGAGUACGAGGAACAGGCAACAACUCAGACGUCAUCGAACAAAACCACGAACACCAACGGGAAAGGUCUUUCCAAGACCAGGAGGCUAUCAUCGGAAGAAGUAGUCAUAAACACCACUCUCUUGUUCAUUGCAGCAUUUGAAACCACUGCAACAACUUUGUGUUAUCUUAUGUUUGCUCUCGGAAAAUACCCGGAUGUGCAAGAGAAGGUCAGACAUGAAGUGAAAAGGGCUUUGGACGACUCUGGGUCACUAGACUACGAGACAGUUACCCAAAAACUGAAAUACCUGGGGCAGGUCAUCAACGAGACAAUGCGUAUCUGGCCUGCUGCUCUCACGUUUACCACAAGGCAAGCAAAGGAAGAUUUUGAGUACCAGGGCAUCAAGUACAAGGCUGGGACAUGCAUCAUGUCACCGACACUUCAGAUUCAGAGGGACGAGAGGUUCUUUCCGGAUCCCAUGAAGUUUGACCCUGAGAGGUUCAGCGAGGAGAACGAGGAUAGCUUCCCGAAGAUUGCUUUCCAGCCUUUUGGGAUAGGACCCCGAAACUGUUUGGGAAUGAAGCUCGCUCUCGUCGAGCUCGCCUACACAGUUGCCAGAAUGACUCAGCAUUUUCGUUGGGAACUCGGCGAAUCGCAGAAGGCAAGUUUGCUCCUGAAGCGUUCCUGCGGUGCCAUGAUAGUCAUGUGGUGUCAAGGUUAG